AUGAUUGGAAAGCUUAUUCUGGGCGUGGUGGCAAUCGUGUGUGUGUCGUCCUACAAGUACAUUUUUGGGGCUUACUCGAUCCGGUUCUUCUGGAUUGUUGUCAAGUACCUGUACUUGAAGAAACUCGAGGAUUUGGACGACAAGGGACAGGCGAAGUCGCCGUUCGUCGAGCUUGUUCGCACAACCAAGUGUUGUCUGUUGGAGUGCGACUUCUUCGGCUACCACAAGAACAACGUCACGUACUUCACCGAGUUGGACCUCUGUCGUACCGAGUGCACCCUGAAUGCGCUACACCGGUACUUCAAGCUCGCGGUGCUGAAGAAGGAGAGCCUGGCGUACGUGCCCUUGGCCAGCAUCUGCAACCACUUCAUGAAGGAGACCAAGCCGUUUGAAAACUACGAGAUGCGGACCAAGGUCGUCGGCUGGGGCGACAAGUGGCUCUGGUUGAUCACUGUGUUCACCGGCGACAAGGUGGGCAAGAGAAUCUACUGUCUCUCGCUCGCCAAGCUUGUCUUCAAGGCGGGCCGCAAAACGUUGCAGCCAUGGGAUGUCGUCCAGCUGGCCGGUUCCACUGACCCCGACGUCUGCAAGAAAGCCUACCGCAACGAAGAACGUGUCGCCCAGAACACAAACAACGUCAUGCAGUUGUUGAAGGUGUACGAGGAGGCCUGA